GGCCCUCCUGGUCCUGGCCGGUCACACCACCAAGCUCGUUCGUUCGUCUGCGAGCAGUGCAAUGGCGACGACAGUGAAGCUGGCCCCUCCGGAGGAGGACAUGGUACUCAGGCUGUGCGCGCUGGACGUGCCGUGGGUCGUGGUGCCACCCAUCCAGCGCGUGCUCCUCUUCGACGAUGCCGGCGGCCAGCUCCCGCCCUUCCCUUUCCUCGUCGGCUCCCUCCGCGCGUCUCUCACGGCCACUCUCGCGCGCUUCCCGCCUCUCGCCGGGAGGGUCGUCUUCCUGCCGUCCACCGGCGAUGCGGCCAUCGACUGCUCCGCCUCAUACUCGGGGGGAGGCGGCGUGAGGUUCGUCGUCGCGGAGAUGGACGACGCGGACGCGAGAAAGCUUGCCGCGGACGCGGACCACGACGUGGACGCGUUCAGGGCGUUCACCCCGGAGCUCCAGACCGAUGCGCUACCCGCGGAGGUCCUGGCCGUGCGGGUGACGCGGCUCAAGGGAGGGGUCGCGGUCGGCGUGGCGGUGCACCACGCCGUGGCCGACGGCCGGUCUCUGUGGAGGUUCCUGGAGGCGUGGGCAGGGGCGUGCCGCGGGGACGACGCUGUCCUGGUCGCGGCGCCGCCGACGUUCGACCUCCCGGACGUCGCGCUACCUGCCGGCGGCGAGGAGCUCGUGAGGAGCACGCUUCGCAAGUACGCGCCCCAUCUGCCACUGGCCAACCCGCAGUUCGCCAGGAACCCAAUCAAUAUGCCUCGCCGAACGUUCACCCUCGCCGCGCAGCUCAUCCACCGCCUGAAGCAACGCAUCGUCAAUCUCACAACCUCGGUUCCAUCAGUGCAGCCCACCAUGGCGGCGCCGUCAAGCUUCGUGGCCAUCACUGCGCUCACCUGGGUUUCCUUUGUCCGGUCCAAGCACCCGGUCACCAUCUCCGACGCUGACGACGUCUACCUCCUCUUCUUCUUCGACUGCCGAGGGCGGCGCGGCAUCGACCCGCAGGUGAGCGACAACUACUUCGGGACAUGCAUCACCGGGUUCCUUGUCAAGGCUACGGCGUCGGAGCUCCUCGCGGAGGACGGGGUCGCUGUGGCGGCGGCGGCACUUCAGGGGGAGGUCCGGCGGGCGGCGGAGAACCCGGUCUCCGGGUGGAACUGGUUGGACCUGUUCUCCUGGUUGCCACAGGACCGGCUGGUAAACGUCUCUGGUUCAACGCGGUUCCCUGCGUACGAGGUGGCCGACUUUGGGUGGGGCGCGCCGAGCAGGACGGAGCUAGUCAGUGUGAACAACGGGCAGGUGGUACUCAUCGCCGCGAAGGGGGGCUGCGGCGGCGUGCAGGCGUCUGUGUGCAUGCAUCCGGAUCACAUGGAUGCGUUCAACGCACAUUUUCUGAAUUGCUUGGUUGAUUAAUCAUGAAUUGAUACCCGUAGUCAUUUGCCGAGUCAGAUUGCUUUUAUUGGAAUGUUUCCGAACAGACACGUAAACUACUAUCAAAUUUGCUACCUAUUUGCAUUAUUAAAACUAGUCACUAGCCCGUGCCACUGCACAGGCUAGCAUCACACAUAGUUAUGCUGAGUAGAAAUUUAUCUAAAAAUAUUGAUUGUACUGUUUAUACGAAACUGGAGAUAUGUAAGGAAUUUCUAUUCGUAUAUAGCAAACUUGAUUAAUAUUCCUUCAAUAGUUAAUACGUUGGCGAUUA